UCAAAACGCUUAUAAUUUAAAUUUUGUAUACAUAAACAUUUUGUCAAUAAUUUUAAUUUAAUUCAAAAUAAUUUUGUAGUUUAUCUUUUUACGAUUAUGAUUUACAAUGGAAAUCAAACAUGAUGUAUGUCCUUUAAAAGUGAGUGUUCGAAUUCGACCCGGAAAUUGUGAAGCAGAAAAUGUUGUUGCUCUCAAUGAAGAAGAUGAUACGGCAAUCGCAAUUGGUGAUAAAGCUUUUAUAUUUGACAAAAUUUUCGACUGCAAUGCAACACAAGAAAGAAUUUAUAAUGAAACCGUCAAACCGUUUGUCCAAAAAGUUUUAACCGGCUACAGUUGUACAUGUUUAGCUUAUGGCCAAACAGGAACGGGCAAAACUUAUACAAUGCUUGGAAAGAAUAAAACGGCAAAUUAUGAACAAAAUGCUGGAUUAAUAUCACGUGCUUUAGACGAUAUAUUCAAUUCCAUUAACGAGGACAUCGAAAAUCGACAAAUGAAAGUAGAGGUCGCAUUUAUCGAAAUUUAUAAUAAUAAAAUUUUCGAUUUACUUCGCCCGUGUAAAGACAAUCAAUGGGUUUUCAAAAAUUCAAAAAUAGAACCGUCAGUAUUUCAAGAAGUUCGAAUGGUUUUCGAAGCACAAGAAUUAUUAACAUUUGGUGUACGACAUCGUCAUACCGGUGAAACUAAAAUGAAUGCAAAGAGUUCCAGAUCUCAUACAAUAUUUACAAUCAAAUGUACAAUUGAGAAUAAUUUAACUUCACAAAUUUCUAAAUUAAAUCUUGUUGAUCUUGGUGGUUCUGAGAGUAUAAAACGUACUGGAAAUGAAGGAAUCGCUCGCUCAGAAGGAAUUUCUAUUAAUCAGAGUUUAUUAGCGCUACGUCAAGUUCUUAUUGCGCUAUCACGAAAUGAUCGAGUUAUACCAUUCAGAGAAUCGGUUUUAACGACUGUUUUAUAUGAUUCGUUAACGAUUAAAAAUUUUAUAAUUUUAAUUGCUUGUAUUAGUCCACAAGCGAACGAUUAUUUUGAGACAAUUAGUACGCUAAGAUUUGCAGAAAGUACCAAAGAAAUCAAAAGUAAACCAGAAAUUGACCUGGUAUUCAAUAAAUUAAAGGCAAAAAAUCCAACAGUUAUUGAAAAAUGUAAUGUAAUAUUAAGUGUUGUUGGAAUUAAUCCAACCCCAUCAAAAAUACUGAAACUGAAUAAUACAAUUUCUACUCCUGGACAUCGUAAUAAAUUUAAAAUACCUAGGACGGCAUUGAAAGUUAAUAAUACAUACUCCCCGAUGCAUUCUACAGCGAUUCAUACACCAAUGGAUAAUAGUAAAUUAAUAUUUAUGGAUUUAGUAAAAAAAGGUCCAGAUAUCAAUCCACAAGAUUUUGAAGUAGACGAAGCAAAUUUAUCAUCGUCUACUGUACUUGAAGAGCUUCAGACCCAUCCACCAAAAAAUGAUUCAUAUAGUCCAAUUGUUCAAAAAUGUACAAAAGUAAUUGAAGAUAAAUUGUCGCAUAUCGUUAGUGAUCAAUUAAAUACAAUAAUGCGUCGAAAGUCUAAACGUUUGGCGCUAAUGCAAGAUAUGUCACCUUAUAAAAGAACUCCAGAUAAUGAGCCAGAAAAGACACCUUUUGGAAGAAGUUUUUUAAUGAAUAAUUUUGAGGACACAAUUAAAAGAAUGGUUGAAGAGCAAGUGAAACAGAUGACUGAAAAAACAUUGAACAAAUAUUUUAAAAAAGAUUCCAUUUCUGCUCGAAAAUUGUUUUCAGAUGAUAGUAACGAAAAUUACACUGCAAAUAGUGAAAACAGUAACAGUGAAUAUGUUCGAACGUUACCCUUAACUGAUGAUUCCAACAGUGUUGAAUAUUCAAUGAUCUCACAGACGAGUAGCAAUUCUCAAAAUGAUCACGUUUUUAAAGUACCUACAAUUACAAAACCAUUAAAAUCACAACGUAAAAAUGCGCCACGAAGAUCGAAACGACUUUCCGUUUUAUAUAUUGAAGAAAAGGAGAAUAUUAUUGAGGACAACGAUGGUGCAGGAUGUAGUGGUACACAGCGACGUCGAUCAAAACGUAUAUCUAUGUCAAUAGAUAAAGAAAAUUCGAAGAGUAGGUGUAGUAAAAAACGUAUCCUAAAAACCCCUCAAAGAUAUUCACCAAUUAUAUCCACAACUGUAAAACGACACCAAUCUAAGCGAAAAUCAUUGGCACCAUCAAUAAUAAAGCAUAAAGAAAAAGUUUUGGAAACUUUAAAUAAUGGGUCAGCUAGAGACAUCACGAAAUUAUCAAUGAUUGGACCAAAAACUUCUGAGCAAAUUGUAACAUAUCGAUCGUUACAUGGUCAUUUUAAGGAAUUAAAAGAUGUAAAAAAUAUGAAAUUCUGGUCAGAUAAACAAUGGAAUAAGUUUUUGCAGAGUAAUUGUUGUUUAAUAUAAUAAUUAUAUUUUAGAGCC